AUGAGGUGCACGCGUGAUGACAUCUGUGGAAUGGGGGGCUGGCACAGAUGGGAGUGGGAGCUCGGGAAUCUGAUAUGUUUGUGGGUCUGGAGCUGAGGACUUGGCCACUCUCUGGGCUGAGCUUGGCUGGGUUUGCUGGUCGGUCAGGGAACCAACACAGGAAACCUUUCCUGGGACCCCGUUGGCCCCUGGACGAGAGUCACUGGGCUUCAGCCUCAGGGCUCUCAGGGCUUACUGGGCUGCCUGUAAGUGUGUGAGUGUGAUUCUGAACCCGGCCCCUGCGCUGCGGCACUGUCCCGGAGCUGGGCCCAGGUCGGGGUUCCUGCAGACCAGACAAGCUUCAGCUGCCCUGGAGCCUGGGCUCUGCGGCCCCAGGCAGAAGCCAGCCCCACCCGGACGAGGGCCACCCGCCACCCCUGGAAGCUGUGCCAGUCCCCUGGAAGAGUGUGGGCCCCUGCAAAAGCCACAGGGAGUCCCCGGGAGGCCUGGCGGAGACCCCUGCAGGGGAGGAGGUCCAAGGCGAGGAGGGGCCUGUGGCUACCCGGCUGGACGUGUCGCGCCUGCGCAGCUCUUCCAUGGAGAUCCGCGAGAAGGGCUCGGAGUUCCUGAAGGAGGAGCUGCACAAAGCCCAGAAGGAGCUGAAACUGAAGGAUGAGGAGUGUGAGCGGCUGUCCAAGGUGCGGGAGCAGCUGGAACAGGAGCUGGAGGAGCUGACGGCCAGCCUGUUUGAGGAAGCCCACAAGAUGGUGCGAGAAGCCAACAUGAAGCAGGCAGCGUCAGAAAAGCAGCUGAAGGAGGCGCGGGGCAAGAUCGACAUGCUGCAGGCAGAGGUGACAGCCUUGAAGACACUGGUCAUCACGUCCACACCAGCCUCUCCCAACCGCGAGCUCCACCCGCAGCUUCUCAGCCCCACCAAGGCCGGACCCCGCAAGGGCCACUUGCGUCAUAAGAGCACCAGCAGUGCCCCCUGCCCUGCUGUGUGCCCUGUUGCAGGACACGCCCUGGCCCUGGACAAGGAGGGCAGAGAGGUGGAUGCGACCCUGUUUGCAGAGUUCCAAGCCUGGAGGGAAUCACCCACCCUGGACAAGACCUGCCCCUUCCUGGAAAGGGUGUACCGGGAGGACGUGGGCCCCUGCCUGGACUUCACCAUGCAGGAGCUCUCAGCACUGGUCCGGGCCGCCGUGGAGGACAACACGCUCACCAUUGAGCCCGUGGCUUCGCAAACACUGCCCUCAGUGAAGAUGGCCGCUGUCGAGUGUGGCCGCACCAAUGGGUUCCGGGCCCCGAUUGACACUACAUGUGCCCUGAGUGGGCUGGCCUGUGCCUGUCGCCACCGAAUCCGGCUUGGGGACUCCAAGAGCCACUACUACAUUUCGCCAUCUUCCCGAGCCAGGAUAACUGCCGUGUGCAACUUCUUCACCUACAUCCGCUACAUCCAGCAAGGCCUGGUGCGGCAGGACGCGGAGCCGAUGUUCUGGGAGAUCACAAGGCUGCGGAAGGAGAUGUCGCUGGCCAAGCUUGGCUUCUUCCCCCAGGAGGCCUAGGGCAUGGCCUAGGCCUGGAGUGGGGCUCUGAGCUGGAGCCAACACCCACUCCACGAUAGACAGACAUACAGCAGGACAGGGUCCUUGAGCCAGCCCUUAGCCAGAAACUGAACAGAAGGACAAAUGGCCAGGCCAUGGAGGCAGCGCCGAGCUGGCACCAAACGUCCGUCCCUGGACAGGACCUCAAGAGGUGACCUCUCUUCCCUAGUGGUACUACAGCCACUAGGAGACUUUCAAGAAAGCACCAAAGACCAAGGAGCUUGGAGCCAUACAGAGAGGCUCAGCCCUUGGGAGGGGCCCCUGGGGCAGCCAGCACCCCCUCCCCAGUCCCAGGAGCUGCUGCCUGUAGGUGCCUUGUUGGCUGGUUCUCAAGGGUAUUCGACAGGCUAGUUCCCAAGUCCCUGGGCACCAGCACCCCCUUGUGGCCAUCCUUCACCGCGUUCCCAGGAGGCCUCUGCAUCAGAAAGCCCAGCAGGCCUGCAGUCUCAGGUGCCCACGGGGCCGCAGAGUUGUGACUGCCAGGGCCUCCCUGGCUGUCUUCUACUCCAUCCUAUGUCUGCCUGAAAACUGCCCCCAAACGUUCUUAAGAUGUAGCAGGGUCCCUCUUCCUACCUUCCCUCUCAACCUUCCUCCUCCCCUCCCCGUCAGAGCCCUAUGCUGAAGAAGUCCUGCCCCCACCGCUCCUGGGAGGAUUGGGGCACUUGUCUCCCAAAGUAAAACACAGCGGAUGCCCUGGCCUGCUUACAGCCCUGGAUGGCCAUCCAGAGAACAGGGGCAGAGGGCGCCCUGCACCCAGGACUGGGGUGGGGUGGGCAGGCCCCAGGCCCCUCCUCACCUCUCACAGCCUACUCGGUACUAGGGUCCAAGGCCAACCUGGACACAUCCCUCACCACGUCUGAUUUCCUCCUCUGAACGGAAUGUAAUGCGAUCUCUAUUUAAUAAAGGACGGCUUUGUUGGUA